AAAACAAACAAUUUUGCAAAUGCCUUGUCCGGUGAAGUGAAGUGCAUAAGAGAACCCAAAAAAAUGCUCCACCACAGUUUUCAAUAUUCACAUGACUCAAAAACCAUUCCUCACAACCCUUGCACAAAAUUGCAACUCCUUAACCCAACUCAAACAACUACACGCUCACAUCCUCCGAUGUCAUAUCCAACACUCUCCCUACGCCCUCGCUCCUAUCCUCUCCGUCGCAGCAACCUCAAACUACACAUCGUUUUUCCUUUACGCUCGUUCCAUUUUCCAUAACCUCACUCACCGCAACCGUAACACUUUCAUUCACAACACCAUGAUCAGAGCCUAUCUUCAAAACCAUUCCCCUACACACGCUGUUUCAUGCUACACGACAAUGUUGCAAAACGGCAUUGCCGUUAAUAACUAUACAUUCCCACCUUUGAUCAAAUCCUGCACUGCACUUAUAGCUGCUUCUUCGAAGUGCGCUUCGAGUGUUAUGAUUGGUUGUUUGGUGCAUUGUCAUGUCGUUCUAUUCGGGCUAACGAAUGAUGCUUAUGUUGUGAGUGGGUUUAUCGAGUUUUACUCGGCUUUGGGUGAGUUACGAAAGGCGAGGGUGUUGUUUGAUCAAACGGGGAGGAAAGAUGUUGUUUUGUGGACGGCGAUGAUUGAUGGUUAUGGUAAAAUAGGGGAUGUUGAAAGUGCGAGAGAGAUGUUUGAUGAAAUGCCGGAGAGAAAUGUUGUGUCGUGGAGUGCUAUGAUGGCUGCGUAUUCUCGUGUUAGUGAGUUUAGAGAAGUGUUGGAUUUGUUUUUAGAGAUGCAGAGUGAAGGCGUGAGGCCGAAUGAUUCUGUACUUGUUACUGUGCUAACUGCGUGUGCGCACCUGGGUGCACUCACGCAGGGAAUGUGGGUGCAUUCUUAUGCUAGGAGAUUCGACCGGGUAAGCUCGAAUCCUAUCUUGGCAACGGCUUUAGUGGACAUGUAUUCGAAAUGUGGGUGUGUGGAAUCAGCUUUAUCUGUUUUUGAUGGUAUUUCUGAUAAGGAUGUUGGAGCUUGGAAUGCUAUGAUUUCUGGUGUGGCCUUGAAUGGUGAUGCGAGGAAAUCGUUGGAGUUGUUUCAACAGAUGAUUGUUUGUGGGAAUAAGCCUAAUGAGACUACCUUUGUGGCUGUCCUUACUGCUUGUACACACGCGAGGAUGGUUCGCGAAGGUCUUCGGUUAUUUGAAGAGAUGAGUGGUACUUAUGGAGUUGAGCCAUGUGCGGAGCAUUACGCGUGUGUUGUGGAUCUUUUGUCUAGGUCUGGAAUGGUGGAGGAAGCCGAGAGGUUUAUCGAGGAGAAAAUGGGUGGAUUUGCUGCUGGAGAUGCUAAUGUUUGGGGUGCGAUACUCAAUGCGUGUAGAAUUUAUAAGAAUAUUAAUGUUGGGAAUAGAGUGUGGAAAAAGCUUAUAGAUAUGGGUGUAGCUGACUGUGGUACCCAUGUUCUUACAUAUAACAUAUAUAGAGAAGCUGGGUGGGAUGCAGAGGCUAACAGAGUUAGAAGUAUGAUUUCGGAAGCUGGGAUGAAGAAGAAACCUGGAUGCAGUAUAAUCGAGGUAGGUAAUGAAGUUGAAGAGUUUCUUGCUGGUGAUCAAUCUCAUCCACAAGCACAGGAAAUGUGCAGGUUGCUGGAUUCAAUUCUCAAGACGGUGGUGAAUAUAGACAACUUCUAAUUGGAAACCUCUUGCCGCUCAUCUGUUUGGUGAUAGAAAAUGGGUUUUUCAAACAUGGGUGUUAAGAACACUCAUUUGCGUGAAAAUCUUGUGCCGAUAAUAACCAUCAAUACGAUGUUUGAGCCUUUCAGCUCCAGGACCAAGCCUAAGUUCGGUGAUAUUUCUCACAGCAGAAUGCUGUUUAGUGACGCUUGAAUUUGCUUGACUAAACCACAUAUUAGGCAUGCAACCAUCUGCAUUUCGUCCCAAGAGUUCGGCAUCAAUCUUAUUGAAGACAGGUACAUUCCUGACAAAUUUUCUAGCAAAAGGAGCAUUGCUGGGUGUUCUUUUGGAAGGUUGUUCCAUGAAAUGGUGGUCGUGAUUCAUAGUGGUAUUGCAAAACUCCUCUGUAUUACAGAUGUCUGUGUAAAAGUAUCCUUCAGGGGAAGACAGAAAGUUUGCAUAAUACACCAAGACAGUUCUAGGCUAGUUAUCUCCACCCCAUAGACAGUAUUCGGUAAAAGGGAGAGAACGCAUCAUCCUUGCAGAACCUGAGCAAAAUCAAGAAUCAAAGUUUAAGAACUUGGAGAAUCAGGAACUGGAAUUAUCACUUGUGAGUUUCUUUCUCUAGAUUUCCUAUAGUUCGGAUUUAUCUUAGCGUUGUGUAAACCCCUAAUCUUUAAAAAGAAAACAAUCGGAGAAGGGGAAUUUAUUAUAAAAUACAGUUUUACUAAUGAUCAUUUCACAAUUGUCUCCAAGGGAAUUUAAACUUUUUUCUUUGAGCUAACAAUUCCAAACUACCGCUGAGCUAAGACCGUAUAGAUGUAAACUCCUGAUCUCCUGCAAUAGAUUAGUGGCAAAUGGUUGUGUUUAGGCAAAUGGUUGUGUUUAGGCAAACAUACCGUGAAAAUAAAUGAGAAAUUACACAAGUGGAACAUAUAACCUAAUUACCAAUGAAAUGAAUGUGUAUGGAAUGGUCACACAGCUAAUCUCAGAUGCUUAACAAAGGAUGUAGUGAGAUUACCAACAAGCAACAUAAACAUAUGUGGUACAGAGACAGGAAAAGAAUUGGCAAGUUCAGAGGGUAUUGAAAUUCCGAGUAAUCAUGCCACUGCAUCUACAGACUAUUAGAAUAGAUUUUAUAAAUCACAACACUAUAAUGUUCUCUCUCUCAUCCUUGUCACUCUUAAUUUUUGACUUCAUUCCAAAUUUUCUUUUAGUGUUCUGCUAAUUAUAUGUAUCUUGUCACCUGAAUAUACACAUGAGUAGCUUACUUGGAAUGCAA